CAUGGUUUAGUUUCAUGUCCCAUUUCUCUUCAUCAUUUACACAUCACAACACACCCAAAUUCAACAACGAAAAAAAAAAUGGCUUCUUUGUAUGCUUCAAGAGCAUUGAAGAAGCACUCACCUACCCCACUAUCCUUAAGGUCAACAGCAACAUCUUUCUUUUACUACUCCUCCCAAUCCCUCAAUGAAAACCCGAAUCCUAAGAAGCAAGAAAAGAUAGAAGAUCUCAUUUGCAGAAUGAUGUCAUCACGCGCUUGGACAACACGUUUGCAAAACUCCAUUCGUAAUCUUGUUCCUUCAUUUGAUAACCAACUUGUUUACAAUGUGCUACACAGUGCUAAAAAUGCUGACCAUGCUUUACAGUUCUUUAGAUGGGUUGAAAGAUCAGGUCUUUUAAAGCAUGAUAAAGAAACACAUUUCAAGAUUAUACAAAUUCUUGGUAGAGCUGGUAAACUUAAUCAUGCUAGAUGUAUACUUCUUGAUAUGCCUAAUAAAGGUCUUGAUUGGGAUGAGGAAUUAUGGAUUUUAAUGAUUGAUAGUUAUGGUAAAUCAGGGAUUGUUCAAGAAAGUGUUAAGUUGUUUCAAAAAAUGGAAGAGUUAGGUGUCGAGAGGAGCGUUAAUUCGUAUAACGCGUUGUUUAACGUGAUAACGCGUCGUGGGAGGUAUAUGAUGGCGAAAAGGUAUUUUAAUAAGAUGGUUAAUGAGGGUAUCGAACCGACCAGACAUACGUAUAAUCUUUUGAUUUGGGGCUUCUUUUUAUCGUCGAAAUUGGAUACUGCUAUUAGGUUCUUUGAGGAUAUGAAGAGUAGGGAGAUUACGCCUGAUGUUGUAACUUAUAAUACUAUGAUUAAUGGGUAUAAUCGGGUUAAGAAAAUAGAAGAGGCGGAGAAGUAUUUUGUGGAAAUGAAGGGGAGGAAUAUAGAGCCGAAUGUGAUUAGUUAUACAACGUUGAUUAAAGGGUAUAGUUCGGUUGAGAGAAUAGAUGAUGCAUUGAGAUUGUUUGAAGAGAUGAAGAGUUUUGGUAUUAAACCAAAUGCUAUUACGUAUUCGACACUGUUGCCUGGUCUUUGUGAUGCUAAGAAAAUGUCUGAAGCUCGGUCGAUUUUGAAAGAGAUGGAAGAGAAGUAUAUUGCACCUAAGGAUAACUCUAUCUUCAUAAAGUUAAUCUCCGGACAGUGUGAGGCAGGUGAUUUAGAUGCUGCUGCUGAUGUUCUAAAAACUAUGAUCAGAUUAAGUAUUCCCACUGAGGCUGGACAUUACGGUGUCCUAAUUGAGAAUUUCUGCAAGGCUGGUAUUUAUGAUCGAGCUGUCAAGUUUCUGGAUAAGCUUAUUGAGAAAGAAAUCGUCCUGCGACCGGAGAGUAGUUUAUCUAUGGAACCGAGUGCGUAUAACCUGAUUAUUGAUUACCUAUGCAAUAAUGGCCAGACGAGCAAGGCUGAAACUUUUUUUAGACAGUUGAUGAAAACUGGGGUUCAAGAUCCUGUUGCCUUCAACAAUAUUGUCUGUGGGCACUCAAGAGAAGGGGUUCCUGAUUCGGCGUUUGAAAUUUUGAAGAUUAUGGGGAGAAGAAAGGUUGUUUCUGAUGGUAUUUCUCACAAUUCACUUGUGGAGUGCUAUCUGAAGAAAGGGGAGCCUGCCGAUGCUAAAACUGCUUUGGAUAAUAUGCUUGAAAACGGACAUGAACCGGACUCCUUGUUGUAUAGAUCAGUGAUGGAGAGCCUGAUGGGAGAUGGAAGGGUUCAAACAGCAAGCCGAGUGAUGAAAGUCAUGUUGGAGAAGGGAGUGAAAGAACAUAUGGAUUUAAUUUCUACAAUAUUGGAAGCCCUACUAAUGAGGGGACAUGUCGAGGAGGCACUUGGAAGAAUUGAAUUGUUGUUGCACAGCAGUCUCUCACCUGAUCUUGAUGGUCUCUUGUCGGUUCUAUGCGACAAAGGAAAGACUAGUGCUGCUCUAAAGCUGUUAGAUUUCGGUUUAGAGAGAAAUUGUGACAUAGACUUUUCAAGCUAUGAUAAGGUGUUGGAUUCUCUUGUAGCUGCUGGGAAGACACUUAAUGCCUAUUCUAUUUUGUGCAAGAUGAUGGAGAAAGGAAGAGUUGAAGAUCACAAGAGUUGUGAAGAGUUAAUUAAGAGCCUCAAUGAUGAGGGAAACACAAAGCAAGCGGAUAUUCUAAGAAGAAUGAUACUCAGAAAAGAAACAACACUUGACAGUAAGCAAGGGAAGAAAAAGACGGCCAUGGCUACAUGAUUCCUCUAAUUUUGCUAUUAGUUACAGGUUAGAAUUUAUGAAUCACGUUAUGUGAAAGAUGAUGACGGGAAUUUUGUUUUGUGGCAGAAUAAUCUCAGAAGUCAUUUGACAUUUUCCCUUUUUAAGCUUUUGCAUUUUGGAGUCAGAUAUUAUAUGUUUAUUUAUGCAGGAAUUCUUCUUUUAGAUGUGCAAUUGUAAGGAAUGUGGUUUGAGGUCUGAUGACAUCUACGAUCUGAUCUGCCAUCAAAUUGUUUUAACUUCUUAUGAGAGGCUUCUUUUUAAUCUACUUUUAUCUCUUGUUUUAGUGAAUAUAACAUAAACUUUUGUUU